GAGACGGGAGGAGAGCUCCUCUCUCCCGGUGCACUUGGCAGUCUUGUUGCGGGCUGCUGUCGUGGCGUGGCUGUUCGUGUGCCAGGCCGGGGGGGAACUUCACCACACUGGAGCCCGGAGUCCCACUCUCUCACCUGCGCAGUUCGGAGCUGCCAUGGGUCUCUCGCGUGGAUUUACUGUCCUAAUCAUUCUACCGGCCUUUCUGCUGCACACCAGCGGCCUUUACAUCGCCAGUAGCGUCGACUCCCUGCAGCACGUUCUGGGGGAGUAUGGACUGGUGAGGCCCGUGAGUGUGGAUGCAGAGGGCCGCUUCCUGUCGCACGCCGUCUCGGCAGGCCGUAUGACAGGAGGGCAGCCCCGUAGGCGCCAGAAGAGGGAGGUAGGAAAAGGCAAUGAAGAGUGGGAAGAACCGAGAGGAGACGACGACGACAACGACGACGACGACAAGCGGCGGGAAAGGCUCUACUACAAUGUCACCGUCUUCGGCCGGGAAUUCCACCUGCGUCUGCGCCACAACGCCAGACUGGUGGCCCCCGGAGCCAAGAUCGAGUGGCGUGACGACGACGAUAACGCCCGCCACUUUGAAACACUGCAAGAUGAAUGCUUGUACGUGGGCGACAUCACUGACACGCCUGGAGCCACUGUGGCCAUCAGCAACUGUGACGGCCUGGCUGGCAUGAUCAGAACGGAGGAAGAUGAGUUCUUUAUUGAGCCAUUGGAAAGAGGCGACGGGGUGAUUGAGGAGGAGGGGACACGAGGAGGAAGGUCGCACAUCGUCUAUCGCUCCUCAGCCGUAAAGAAGGCGCCCGUGGACGGCACGGCGGGAGGCUCCCACUCCAGAGGUGCAGAUCUCGGUGGUCUAAUGGACCUGGAGUCUCUCUAUCAAGGUGUGGCACAGAGCAUCAACCACACACGAGCAGGACGUUCUCGCCGGCAGAGCAUGGACCGGGCCUAUAACAUCGAGGUUCUGCUCGGCGUCGACGACUCUGUGGUGCAGUUUCACAAGAAGGAGCACGUCCAGAAGUACCUGCUGACGCUCAUGAACAUAGUGAACGAGAUCUACCACGACCAGUCCCUGGGAGCAAAAAUCAACGUGGUGCUGGUGCGGAUCAUCAUGCUGGGCUACGGGAAGUCCAUGAGUCUCAUCGAGCUGGGGAACCCUUCCCAGAGUCUGGAGAACGUGUGUCGCUGGGCCUUCCUGCAACAGAAGCAGGACACGGGGGACGCCGAGUAUCACGACCACGCCAUCUUCCUCACGCGGCAGGAAUUCGGUCCCACGGGCAUGCAGGGCUACGCCCCGGUGACAGGCAUGUGCCAUCCGGUCAGGAGUUGCACUUUGAACCACGAGGAUGGCUUCUCUUCAGCCUUUGUGGUGGCACAUGAGACCGGACACGUGCUGGGCAUGGAGCACGAUGGUCAGGGGAACCGCUGUGGAGAUGAGGUGCACAUGGGAAGCAUCAUGGCUCCACUGGUGCAGGCCGCCUUUCACCGUUUCCACUGGUCCAGAUGUAGCAUGCAGGAGCUGGGACGCUACCUCCACUCCUACGACUGUCUCCGUGACGAUCCCUUCGACCACAACUGGCCCUCGCUGCCUCAACUUCCCGGUUUGCACUAUUCCAUGAAUGAGCAGUGCCGCUUCGACUUCGGCGUGGGCUACGCCAUGUGCACUGCGCUACAAAAGGCAGGCCAGUCAGGAACUCAGUAUCGCACCUUCGACCCAUGUAAGCAGCUGUGGUGCAGCCACCCGGACAAUCCCUUCUUCUGCAAAACCAAAAAAGGACCGCCCAUUGAUGGCACGAUGUGUGGAAACGGGAAGCAUUGUUUUAAAGGCCACUGCAUCUGGCUCACACCUGACAUCAUCAAGCAGGACGGGAACUGGGGUCCGUGGAGCGAAUUCGGACAGUGUUCCCGCACAUGCGGAGGAGGAGUUCAGUUUCGAACACGCGACUGUGACAGUCCAAGACCAGCCAACGGAGGCCGUACCUGCGUGGGGGCGACAUACCAGUUCCAGAUGUGCAACACCAACGAGUGUGAGGACAUCUACAGCGACACGCGGGAGGAGCAAUGCCACGCUUGGGACCCUCGCUUCGAACAGCCCAGCAACAAGCACUGGCUGCCCUACGAACACCCAGACGCUAACAAGCGAUGCCACCUGCACUGCCAGUCCAAAGAGACCCGGGAUGUGGUCUUCAUGCAGAGAAUGGUCCUGGAUGGCACCCGCUGCUCUUACAAGGACCCACACAGUGUGUGUGUGCGUGGGGAGUGUGAGAAGGUGGGCUGUGACGGUGCGGUGGGUUCCUCAAAGCAGGACGACAAGUGUGGCGUUUGCGGGGGAGACAACUCCAGCUGCAAAACCUUCAAGGACACAAUCACUCGCACGGUCAAGAAGCAAGGUUCCCUCAAAGUUCUCGAAAUCCCCCGAGGGGCGCGGCACUUGCUGGUCCAAGAGCUGAAAGCGACCACUCACACGUUUGCUGUGAAAAACGUGGCUUCCGGACUGUUUUUCAUAAACGGGGAAAAUGAAUACCCGGAAUCGAGAUCGGUUAUCGAAAAGGGUGUGGAGUGGGAAUAUGAAAACGACAACAACAAGGAGACGCUUCAAACCACGGGUCCUCUCAGACAUGGGAUUCUGAUCAUGGUGAAAAUCCACGGAGACGAGGAUGUGAAUUUGUCUUAUAAGUACAUGAUGAACAUGGACAGCGACUCCUUCAUCCAAAACAACAUCCUGGUGGAGGACAGUGCCUACGAGUGGGCCCCCAAGAGAUGGUCCUACUGUUCCAAGCCCUGUGGUGGAGGGAAGCAAUACCUUCGAUACGGCUGCAGAAGAAAAGUCGACAGUAAGAUGGUCCACAAGAGCUUCUGUAACAAGUCCAACAUGAAACCUCGAGGAGACACCCGAGACUGCAACCAGAAGCCCUGCCCUCCACCCAUCUGGGUGACAGGGGAAUGGCAGAACUGCAGUAAACCGUGCGGAAAGACUGGGAUGCAAGUCCGCUUGGUCAGCUGUGUCCAGCCGUCCGAUGACAACACCACAAGAGCCAUCCAUAACAAAUACUGCAAUGACGAUCGGCCAUUGACACGCAGACCCUGCAACCUGGACCCCUGUCCGACACAAUGGCGGGUUGGACCCUGGUCACAGUGCUCGGUGACCUGUGGUAACGGGACCCAGCAGAGGCAGGCAGUGUGCCACACCCGAGACAACACCAUCGGCCUGUGUCUGGACAGCAAGCCCGACACCAUCAGAGUGUGUCGCCUGGACCCGUGCGCUAAGGGCUCAUCGGACCUGAACAAGAACGGCAACAUCCUGAUCCAGUGGCUGUCCCGCCCCAGCCCCAACUACCACAAGAGCUCCUCACGCCGCCGUUGUCAUGGAGACCGCUCCGUGUUCUGUCGUAUGGAGGUGUUGAAGCGCUACUGCUCGCUACCAGACUUUCAGCAUCUGUGCUGCAAGACCUGCAGCAACGUGACAGUCACGGAGUCUCAAGGAAACUUCACAUCCACCCCCGUCGCUUCCACCCCGAGCGCCGUCACCGCACGUCCGCCCACCACCUUCCGCACCUCGAUCCGGCCCACCACAGCCACUCCAGAUGUUGACGCCAACUCCUGGACCGUGACUCAUCCUCCCACGUUUAUUACUACAAGCCGUCAUUCCAUUUUCGCUUCACUUGGCACCACAGAAAUAAGCACCGCCCACCCAAAAGCGGCGACCGCAUCGCCCGUUAUCCCGGCUACAUCGCUUCCGACCGUCUUUCCACGGACUACUCAGAAAACCCUUACUGUGCCGACUCCAGGAACGACGGGUUAUCCGACCGCGACUGUCUCUCCCACACAAGUCACUCCGACCAACACCGACGGUAUCAACACCGCACUACCACCCAACCCCAAAAAGAAAAAUACCCCAAAAGUGACUCUACCAAAAAAGAAUACAAACAAAAAAGUCACACCAAAGUUCGAUCCCAAAAAGAACACUUCACCAAAAAACAGUACAUUCACCAACAAAAAGACUACACCGGGAAACACAACACCCAAGAAAACUACACCAGUCAAAACAUGGCCUAAAAAGACAACACCGGUCAAAACAACACCUAAAAAGACUAUCCCAGGAAACACAACUCCAAAAAACACACCAGUCAAAACAACACCUAAAAAGAUUGUCCCGGGAAACACAACUCCAAAAAAGACAACACCAAUCAAAACAACACCUAAAAAGACUAUCCAAGGAAAAACAACUCCAAAAAAGACACCAGUCAAAACAACACCUAAAAAGAUUGUACCAGGAAAUACAACUCCAAAAAAGACAACACCGGUGAAAACAACACCCGAAAAGACUUCCCCAGGAAAAACAACACCCAAAAAUAUAAAACCGACAAAGACCGCUCCGAAAAAGAUUAUGCCGGCGCACACACCACCUAAAAAAGUCAUAAACGCAUCUCCCAAAAAGUCUCCUCCGUUUAGGACCCCAGCUGAGAAGAAAAAAACUCCCGAAAAUAAAACCCCGACAAAGACCUUACCCCCGAAAAACUCAAAAACCACAACGCAAACCCAACGAAAAACCAACCUGAAAAAGAACUCCAAAGAUACCCCAAGCGUUCAAACCGAAGUGAAUCCAAAUAAAACUGCAACAUCUUCCUGGACCACUCCGUUCACCAGCCCAAAACCGUCAUCCACGACGUCGUCUACAGCCGCAAGCCUGCCUGUACCCGACUCAACAAUCAACACCAUUGAUACCAAUAAAAACUCAACAAUCACAGAUGAAGAUCUCUUAGGAACCGCGACUAUGCCCAGUAGAAGUCCACCGAUCACGGAUAUCACAAUGAGCAACAGCGGAUACGUCACCGCUAGCAAGACAACCGACGCCAUCACGGUGUCCUAUGGAAGCGUGGACGCGGCAAGUGAUACCACGGUCCUCGAUGAUGCGAUACCAACCGUUGACAGCCAAGAUGUGACACAUCCGACCUCUUCGUCUUGGUUGGACUUUUCCGAGUUCAUCCCUAUGACCUUCGCUGUCACUUCCACAAUUCCUGCGUCCUCACAACCGACCCCGGUGACCCGUACGGUUUCCACGGUAAGACCUCAGCAAGGGCAAAAAGACAACAAUGAUAUUGACGCACUGGAAAACCGAAUCAUGGCUACGGACAGUGACAUUUCUCAGAACAACCUGAUCCCGAAGCGACGCAUCAACCUCCGGGAAAAGACCAGGAAUAAACGAAUUCAGGAGCUUCUGGAGGAGAAGCGGAAUCUUCUCGUCAGGAUGAAAAGAGGCCAUGCAGAAUGAUAGAUUUCUCAGUUCUCUUAUAGAGACGACCGUUUUUACAGACUUCUGUAAACCCCUCGUUUAAUGCCUUCGAUCAGGGAUUUAGCAACAAACUGAUUAUUGAUUAUUGAUCAUCCGUUUUAGCAACCGAGCGACAACAACAAGUAGCUUUAGCGACAAUAUCGAAACUAGCACUUUACACAAACAAACUUCCUCGAUGGUGAUAGUGAUACAAAGAUGGCUCCAAACGGAACGGCUGAAAACGGAAGAUAUUUACAUUUUUUAAUUACAAAAAAAAAGAUUAAUCGAAUACCAAAAUAGAUGUCAAUUAAUUGGAUCAUUGAUUAAUUCAUUCAUUCAUUCAUUUUCUACCACUUAUCCCAGCUGUCUUCAGAUGAGAGGCACGGUACACGCUGGAUUGGUGGCCAGCCAAUCACACGGCACAUAUAGACAAACAACCAUUCACACUCGCAUUCAUACCUAUGGACAAUUUGGAGUCGCUAAUUAACCUAGCAUGUUUUUGGAAUGUGGGAGGAAACCGGAGUACCCGGAGAAAACCCACGCAUGCACGGGGAGAACAUGCAAACUCCACACAGACAUGGCCGAGGGUGGGGAAAGACAAAAUAAGAAGCCAAAAAGUUACCACUUCCACACAAAAUAGGAGGAUAACUCAUUCAUUUUCUACCACUUAUCCUCACGAGGGUCGCGGGGGAUGCUGGAGCCUAUAGACACAUAUAGGCACAUAUAGACAAACAAUCAUUCACACUCACAUUCAUACCUGUGGACAAUUUGGAGUCGCUAAUUAACCUAGCAUGUUUUUGGAAUGUGGGAGGAAACCGGAGUACCCCGGAGAAAACCCACGCAUGCACGGGGAGAACAUGCAAACUCCACACAGAGAUGGCCGAGGGUGGGGAAAGACAAAAUAAGAAGCCAAAAAGUUACCACUUCCACACAAAAUAGGAGGAGAACUUAUUCAUUCAUUCAUUCAUUUUCUACCGCUUAUCCUCACGAGGGUGCUGGAGCCGAUCCCAGCUGUCUUCGGGCGAGAGGCGGGGUACACCCUGGACUGGUGGCCAGCCAAUCACAGGGCACAUAUAGACAAACAACCAUUCACACUCACAUUCAUACCUAUGGACAAUUUGGAGUCGCUAAUUAACCUAGCAUGUUUUUGGAAUGUGGGAGGAAACCGGAGUACCCGGAGAAAACCCACGCAUGCACGGGGAGAACAACAAACACCAAGGGUGGAAUUGAACCCUGGUCUCCUAGCUGUGAGGUCUGCGCGCUAACCACUCGACCACCGUGCUGCCCACUAUUUUGAUAUAAUAGAUAUUAAUACCUCAUGGUACCACCAAUGCUGCACAAAAACUCAAGUCAACUGGACUCAUUUUACCUUGAAUCCGAAAGGCUGUGGAGUUCCGAUCGUCAUAGUAUUCCCUGGUGGGUGUGUCCUCUGGGAAUGGUCGCCAUGGCGUUGCGUUGUGUUGUGGUGGUCGGUGUCUCCAUCGGUCCCCUAAAAUGGGGGGGGUAGAUGUGUUAGUGACCACCCAGGUAUGCAUGCAUACGUAAAACUAAGCUAUUGUUUGAAAAACAAAACUCUUUCAAGGGGUAAAAGUAUAUUUGUGGCAUGAUUUCUUGUUUAUUUUUUUAUUAUUUUUAAUCUUUUGUCAGUCAACAAAGGUGCUUUAUGUACAGAAAAAAAAAGAAAUAAUAUAACAUUUUAUUUUUAAAAAAGGCUGCUUUACGGUAGCUUUGUCUGCAUUUCUGCUUUUUGAAUUAUUCAUUCAUUCCUAACUGGAAACAACGUAACUGUACAAUAUCUGUACAUAUAAAAAAGAACUUAAUUUUUAAUAUUUAUUAAAGUUGAAUUGCCUGUG